CGGUUGUCUUCGCUGGAGUCUCGCGUCGAAUCGUUAGACCGUGACCAACAACAGUGGUCUCACUCACUCUAGUAAUGGUUAUAUCAUAUCGUCUCAGUGUCGUUUAGGCAGUGCUGUUGACAAGACACGCUGUCAAAUGAGGUGCAGCAAAGUUCCUCGCGUGAAGUGCUGACGCUGAUUGGUGACCUUGGACUUGCACAACUUGUGUGAUUACCACGUAUUACCUAGUGAAUUGAGAUAUUAUAACCUCUAAAAUGUCCGACGUCGCACAGGAUCUCUUGCAGGAUGCGGUCGCCGACGAUAGCGGGUCGCUAUUUAGCACAUUUGACAUAAUCAUGCUUGUUGCAUUACUGGGUGCAGCUGUUUGGUGGUUAUACAGUUCUAGAAAAGAAAACAAGAAAGAUGAGAUUCUUCUUAGCAAAUAUUCAAUACAGCCAGCGGGUUCAAUACAGGUCACAGAGAAUUCCUUUAUAAAGAAGUUACAAUCUUCUGGAAGGAGUUUAGUAGUAUUUUAUGGAUCUCAGACUGGCACUGCGGAAGAAUUUGCCGGGCGUCUAGCAAAGGAAGGUAUACGAUAUAAGCUAAAAGGAAUGGUUGCUGAUCCUGAAGAAUGCGAAAUGGAAGAAUUGACGAAACUAAAAGACAUUCCCAACUCACUGGCUGUAUUCUGCAUGGCAACGUACGGUGAAGGAGACCCUACCGACAACGCAAUGGAGUUUUAUGAAUGGCUCAAAAAUGGAGAACCAGAUCUAACCGGUUUGAAUUACGCUGUUUUCGGUCUAGGCAACAAAACAUAUGAGCACUACAAUGCAGUUGCUAUUGACAUGGAUAAACGAUUGGAAGAUCUCGGAGCUACUAGAGUUUAUGAAUUGGGUCUGGGUGAUGAUGAUGCAAACAUUGAAGAUGACUUUAUCACCUGGAAGGAUAAGUUCUGGCCAGCUGUAUGUGAAAUGUUCAACAUUGAGAGCACAGGCGAGGAAGAGCUAACAAGGCAGUUCCGUUUAGUUAAGCAUGCUCCUGGAGAAAUACCGUCUAAUAACGUUUUUACUGGUGAAAUCGCCAGAUUGCACUCCCUGCAGGUUCAGAGACCACCUCAUGACGCAAAGAAUCCCUUCCUAGCCCAAAUCCAAGUUAAUCGUGAGCUCCAUAAAGGCGGAGAUAGGUCGUGUUUGCAUCUCGAACUCAAUAUUGCGGACUCCAAAAUGCGAUACGAGGCUGGUGACCACGUGGCGGUAUAUCCAAUCAACGACACUGAAUUGGUUGAGCGUCUAGGCGAAUUAACGGAAUCUGAUCUUGACGAAAUCUUCUCCCUUAUUAACACUGAUCAGGAGAGCAGCAAAAAGCAUCCAUUCCCCUGCCCUACGUCGUACCGUACUGCCAUGUCGCAUUAUGUGGAAAUAACAGCACUGCCACGUACUCACAUUUUGAGAGAACUUGCGGAAUACUGCUCAGAUGAAGAGGAUAAAAAGAAGUUGCUCCUCAUGGCCACAAACUCGGCAGAAGGCAAAGCCCUAUAUCAUUCCUUCGUCGUGGACGCUUGCAGGAACAUCGUACACAUUCUGGAAGAUAUUAAGUCAUGUAAACCGCCGCUGGACCACCUUUGUGAACUCUUACCACGUCUACAGCCUAGAUACUACUCCAUUUCAUCAAGUCCCAAGGUAUGUAAUUUAUAUAUUUCUUAAUUUAUAAUUAAGUUUUCACAGGGAGGGAGAAAUCUUCCAAAGAUCCCACUAAAACCGCCCCGUAGGUCUUCGUCUGUGCAUGUUACAGUCACCGGUGCCUCUUACGCACUUUACCUGCUUAGGCUCCUCUCGGACUCCCCCCGCCGUCCCUGCCGACAUCGACACCUCAUAUUGCAACCACCACCUCUGCCGUCUGGCGUCUGGCGUCGAGGCGCUGUUUAUAUGGACUACCAAAGCCCCCAUCAGGGCGUCCGCGACCCCGAGGGCACCUUUUAG